AUGUUUCCAAGAUCAUUGGAGUUUGAAAAAUUUAAUUCAUUUUCAUGGAAAUCACCUAACAAAGAUUUUGAAGAAAAAAAUCAUAGACCAUCAUUUUAUGGAAAUAAUUCAUUAUUUAGUGGAAAAAGGAAUAUUAAUAUAAAUAGAAGUAAUUCUAUGAAAUGUGAAUCAAUCUACAAAUCAAACAAUAGAAAUACUCGUCCAAUUUUAGAAUCAUUUACUGAAAAUUCAGGAAAAUAUUCAAAAAUGGAAAGAAAUAGAAGUUAUUUAAGUAAUGAUUUUGAUAUGAUUGAAGAAGACAACGAUUUAAACACCAAUGAUUCAAAUACUAGCCGAUUUACAAAUGAUGCUCCAGACUUUUUAUUUGGUCCAUUAUCAUCUCGUGUCCCAAAAAGACGUAAUAUACUUUCAAUUGAUGAUGAAGCAACUUCUAAAAGAUCUAAUACUGUAAAAUUUGAUUUACAUGGUACAAGAGAGUGUAAUAAAUUUUCUGGUCCACCUCUUCGUCAAUUAGGUGAAAGUACUAUUUUACCUCAUAAUAGUAGAAGCCCAUUAAAUAAUAUAAAGGAUACAGAUGCCAUGAAUUUUAAUCAAAUGAGUGAUGAAGAAUUUGAAAAACAUUGUUGGUUAACUGUAUUUGGAUCAAGUGAAGAAUCAGAAAAAAAUGUUUUAAAACAUUUAAUUGAUAAUAUAGGGACAGUAAAAAGUAUUGCUCGAAACAAUACCAAUAAUUAUUUUUUUGUUCGUAUGGCUAAUCCACUUCUGGUAAAGAAGGCUUGUAAUAUGAGUCCAUAUUUUUAUGAUGACAAAGAAAUUAUUGGAUUUACAAAACCUUUGUCAUAUAAUUUUCUUGAUAAUCCUAACUAUAAUUUUGAAAAUAUAUUAAUGGAAAAUGAAAAAGAAGAUACUAUUGUCCCAAAGAAACCAACUGUUAGAGUCGUCUCAAUAAAUAAAAAGAAUUUAUCAUUAAGAGAUGAAAUAAAACCAAAAGAAAAUGGAUUUAUUUCUAAAAUUUGGAAUUAUGUAAACAACUAA